UCCAAGUCGAUUAUAAUUCAACUAACUUUCAUGGACAAGUACCCCAUAUCAUUUGAUUAACUUUCUAUUCUAAUAAAAUAAUAUAGCAAAUAAUUAACAGCUAAUCGUCUAGUCAUGCCAAUCUACUUUUUCUUGUCUUUUUUUUUUCUUUCCAAAUUGGGGAAGGUGGGGAUUCAUGUGGCUGAGGAGUGACUCAGCUACCCAGACCAACAAGCCUCUCAACAAUGGCUUCCAAAGCAACCUCAGUAUCCUUGAAUUUGCUGCUUCUUCUGCUUGUCUCAGCCACCGCGGUCUCUCAAUGGAUUGUCCAAACUCUUCCAGGCUACCCCGGUGAAUUACCCUUUAAACUUGAAACUGGAUACAUAAGUGUGGGCAAUGUGGAAUUCUUCUACUAUUUUGUUGAGUCGGAAGGGAAUCCGGGAGCUGAUCCUCUUAUACUCUACAUGAAUGGAGGCCCUGGGUGUUCCGGUUUAAAUGGAUUCCUUUACCAGAUCGGCCCAUUAAAAUUCAAUAUCACUGAUUACAUUGGGGGCCUACCAACAUUAAUAUACGAACCAAACACAUGGACGAAGACUGCCAACAUAAUAUUUUUAGAUUCUCCUGUGGGUGCUGGCUUUUCAUAUGCGACAACUGCGGAGGCUUGGAACUCAUCAGACUCAAAAUCGGCUUCACAAAACUAUGAGUUUCUAAGAAAUUGGUUGGGCCUACACCCAGAUUUUCUGACCAAUCCAGUCUUUCUUGGAAGCGAUUCAUAUGCAGGACUAACUACUCCAAUUCUUGCUCAACAUAUAAUAAAUGGCAAUGAAGCAGGAAUUAUGCCUCAUGUGAAUCUGAAAGGAUUCUCGAUUGGAUGCCCACAUACAAAUACAGAUCUAGAAACGAACGCAAGGGUCACAUAUGCACACCGGAUGGCUUUAAUAUCGAACGCUAUGUAUGAGUCAGCCAAAAGUAGUUGCCAUGGGAAUUACGCUGUUUCCACCAAUGCAAACUGCACCGAGGCACUUUCAGCAAUAGCCCAGUGCAUCAAGCUAAUAAGCGAAUCAAAUAUAUUGGAGCCCAACUGUGCUUCCUUGUCACCAAAAGCUGAAGAAGAAAGAGCUCCAAGAUCUCUCACAGAAAACUCUCAAAAUUUCAUUCUACCAUCGCCUAUAACAACUGCUGACUUUUGGUGCAAAAAUUUUGAAUAUUUGCUGAUGGACAUAUGGGGAAAUUAUAGAAGUGUCCAAGAUGCUCUUCAUGUUCGAAAGGGCACAGUCGCAGAGUUCUUUAGGUGCAACCUCAACAUCACCGAUGCCAAGCAUUACACAUAUGACAUCACUGAUGUUGUCCCAUACCAUAAAAAUCUCACUCAUACAGGCUUGCAAAUCCUGGUCUUCAGUGGCGAUCAUGACAUGGUUGUACCACAUAACGGUAUUGAGCAAUGGAUAAAUGCUCUAGACCUAACGGUGGAUGUUGAUUGGAGACCUUGGUUUGUUACUGGUCAAGUUGCAGGGUACACGAUCAAAUAUACAAAUGACGGAUACCGCUUGACAUACGCGACUAUAAAGGGAGCUGGACACUCGCCACAAGAGUACAAACGCAAGGAAUGUUAUGACAUGUUUUGUAGAUGGAUCCACUACUAUCCUCUUUAGCUUUUUAGUUUUUAGUUUUUAGUUUUUUUCAAUUCUCAAUGUUUCUGAACGAGUGUUAUAUAUUAUUCUAUAUAGUAAAAUUGGGAGUCUUCUAUGUAAUAAGUUCUCGUGAGAUAACAUUAAUAUUUCUCAUGAGAGAAUUAUUAUUAAAAAGUGUUAUGAAU